UCCCAACAUACAUUCUCAUUUGUCAAGUGGAUCAAGCUUGCUGUUCGAUUGCUCAUCACAAUCACAAAUUUUCCAAUUUUCGUUUUGAGUGCUCGCUCGUGCUACGUAAUCUCAUUGUAUCCUACGGUUUUGACCGUGUUUUUCUCUCGAAGUUCAUACAAGGCGCAAUUACGAUUUGCCACGAUGACGAAGUUAAUACAACAGUUAAAUUUUAGUAGUAGUAUUAGUAAUUACUACGGGGCAUCUGCGAUUGAAAUUGAACCGAACCCUCUGAAGGAGAAAAAAUUCGGCGAUGGCGCGUCGUUGACCGCCCAGGCGGCCGGCAGCAAGCGCUCCGCUCUGUCGGCUUCGGACGCCGAGUGUUUCUCGCUGUGCCUGGGCGCCGGGCCUCUGUGGUGGUCCGAUGUCCCUGUUGACGGCUCAGCACCUCCCGGAGGGGUGAAUAGCGGGGCUUCGAGCCCCGCAACUCCAUCCACCCCCACCCACGACGACAACAAUCGUGACUUGUUGAGCGGCCUGCUGUGGUGCAGCGCCAGUUCCCUCGCCAGCAGCGCGGAGAGUCUCACCGAGCCUUCAGCGGGGCUCACCCAGCAGCGAGACAGGGAGGCUACCAUCGCCAAAAUUCUGGAGCGCAAGGAUCGUCAGCCGGUGAAAAUCGACUUUAAGAUUUUGCUGACAGAGAACACCCUGACUCGCUGGGAAGCUGUCCUGCAAGGUAGUACCAUCUACCUCCGCGUGCCCGGGGUCCUCCAAUCUGGAAGCAAGGAGAGCUUCAUGUUACUCCUAGACUUCGCUGAGGAGAGGCUGGGGUGCAAGAACUGCAUCAUCUGCGUGCUGAAGUCUCGCCCAGACCGCGCCACGCUCCUGCGCACCUUCAUGUUCAUGGGGUUCCAGCUGAUGUCCCCCACCUCCCCGCUGAUGCCGCACGAGAUCAACAACCCCGAUUACAUAUUCUUGCACUACAAUAUGCAAUAGGUCAUCAUGUUGACAUAGACGCUAGCGACAUCUAACGGGCGCUUUUGGCACUGACAACUCGUAUAAUGGAUAAUAGAUGGCGCUAUGCUUUAUUCAAGUAUGACUCAAUCGCGUUUGCGUUCCGAGCAUCUGUGAGGUAAUUUUUUUAAUAACAUCGUUCCUAUACGCGCCGUCUAAAUAUUUCAUCAACAAUAGCGUCUGUGUCAAUAAAUAACAAACAUUUAGAAUUUCGUGGCAGAAUUAGAAAAUAGGCUUAAAGAUUUCUUUGGCUGAACGAGUAGUUACAUCGAAUAGUUUAGAUCUGUCACGUUUGUAGCUGUCAAUAUUUAUCGAUUAUCGAUGUCGAUACUUUCGACUCAACAUCCCUAUCGGUAGUGCAGUUAGUAUUCGUAUCGGCACGUAUUUUUCAAUAUUUCACUGGGCUGGAUAUAUAGUAGGCGCCAACAAGUAUAAUAAAUAAGUGUUUAGAAUAUUAUCAUAAAGGUACAUUUCUUUAAGUUUUUUUUUUCUGUAAUAUCACGCGUUUCUUUAUAAUAGUAAUAAGCGACCUUACUUUGUAGGUUUCAAUAAUAAAAAUGACUAAAGAAAACUUAAAUAAAUGUAGGCAUUAUUAAGUAUUCAUUUCUACUUUUUUCAGCUUUUAUGUAACAUCGCGCGCAUAAAUACUUUUCUUACUUUUUCUUUACUAUUCUUUACUUAUAAUAAUAAUAUGAGUAUGUUUGUCGUCGUAUCGUAUUCACCCACUCCGGGGUAGAGCAUGUAAUAACAAAAAAAUAUAAAAAAAAUUAAAAAAAAACAAAAAAAAAUUAUCGUUUGUAAAAAUAUUUCGAGUUCCACGUAAUCACUGUACAUUUUUAAUUUUUAACACCUACACCGUCAUGGCUUGAUUUUUUAUUUAACUUUUGACCUAAAACUACUAUAUGAACAUUAUCACAUUGAAAAAAGAAAAAUGUAUUUUAGUGUAAUAUUUUUUCGUUUAAAUGAUUAAAAGUACCUAAUUCGAAAUAUUUCUUUGUCAAUAUUAAUUUCAUCAAAAAACUAUAUGUAUAUCUUAAGUAUAUGAUAGAGUUAAGUGGUUUAUUUUCAUUUAUAUUCCCUUUUUUAGUUACUGGAUUUCUUUGCGGAGUCAUCCAAGUAAUUUAGGUUAAUUUGAACGCGGUCCCCAAUAAUUUCAGUAUUCCUUUUUCAAAGUAUUACCGUUUUGGGAAUGGGUCCGCUAGUAAUUGUAAGUUUAAUGUAUUAAUUGAUGAAAAUAAAGUUAAUCCUGAAAAA